UCCUACCACACAAUCAUCCCAGCAGCAGCAGAUCGGAUAGCCUCUCCUCUCGUCUUCAAUCCUGAGCCAAGCAAGAAUUAAUUGAGGGCAGGGCAGAUAUUAUGAUGGACAAAGCCGCCACCGGCGAUAAGCCGGAGGACGAGCACAAGGCGUACGCCUUUGCCGUCGUCGCGGAUGGCGAUAACAUGAAGAAGAGGCACCUCUCCGACGACGACGACGGUGCCGCCGGCGACUACCGGGGAUGGAAGUCCAUGCCCUACGUCAUAGGGAACGAGACAUGCGAGAAGCUUGGCACCAUCGGCACCACGGCCAACCUGCUCGUCUACCUCACCACCGUCUACGGCAUGAAGAGCGCCAGCGCCGCCACGCUGCUCAGCCUCUGGGACGGCACCGUCAACCUCGCCCCUAUCCUCGGCGCCUUUCUCAGCGACUCCUACCUCGGCCGCUACACCACCAUCGGCCUCGCCUCCAUCGCCUCCUUCGUCGGCAUGAUCCUCCUCACCCUCACCGCCGCCGUCCCCUCCCUCCACCCGCACGGCAUGGGGCCCUCCGCGACACAGAUGGCCGUGCUCCUCGUCUCCUUCGGGCUGCUUGCCGUGGGAGCCGGCGGAAUCAGGCCCUGCAACCUCGCCUUCGGCGCCGACCAGUUCGACCCGCGAACGCCGGCCGGACGAAGAGGAAUCACCAGCUUCUUCAACUGGUACUACUUCACCUUCACCAUCGCCAUGAUGAUCUCCGCCACGUUCAUCAUCUACCUCCAGAGCAGCGUCAGCUGGGCGCUCGGCCUCGCCGUCCCGGCCACGCUCAUGGGCCUCUCCUGCGCGCUCUUCUUCAUGGGCACGCCCCUCUACGUCCGCGUCCGCCCCGAGGGCAGCCCCUUCACCAGCUUCGCGCAGGUCCUCGUCGCCGCCGCCCGCAAGCGCCGCCUCCCGGCGCCCGCGUCCCUCGGCGAGCUCUUCGACCCGCCGCACCGGAGCAACCUCAUCACCAAGAUCGCCUACACGGACCAGUUCGUCUGCCUCGACAAGGCCGCCGUACUCACCCCCGAGGACGAGCUCGCGGCGGACGGUUCCACGGCAGCGAACCCGUGGCGGCUGUGCACGCUGCAGCAGGUGGAGGAGGUCAAGUGCCUGGCCAGGCUGAUCCCGGUGUGGUCGUCGGGGAUCGUCUACUACAUCGUGCUCACCAACCUGAGCAAGUACAACGUGCUCCAGGCCAUGCAGACGGACCGGCACCUCGGCCGGUCGGGUUUCCAGAUCCCCGCCGGCUCCUUCGUCGUGUUCAACAUGCUGGCGCUCACGGUGUGGCUCCCCGUGUAUGACCGGCUUCUCGUGCCGGCACUACAGCGGGUGACCAAGCGCGAGGGCGGCAUCACUCAGUUUCAGCGGAUCGGCACCGGCAUCGUCAUGUCCAUCGCCACAAUGCUCGUGGCGGCGGCGGCGGAAUGGCACCGGCGCAGGGUCGGGGACUCGACGUCGUGUUUCGUGCUGGUGCCGCAGCAGGUGCUGGCGGGGGUGUCGGAGGCGUUCGCGGUGAUCGGGCAGGUGGAUUUCUACUACAAGCAAUUCCCGGAGAACAUGCGGAGCGUCGCCGGCGCCGUGCUCUCGCUGGGAUUCGCCAUCGCCAGCUACGCCAGCGGGCUCAUGGUGACGGUGGUGAAUCAGAGGACGGGUGGGCGCGACGGCCGGCCGGACUGGCUGGCGCAGGACCUCAACCAGGGGCGAUUGGACCUCUACUACCUGCUUAUCGCGGCCAUGGCAGCGGUGAACCUCGUGUACUUCGUGGCGUGCGCGCGCUGGUACAGGUUCAAGAAGUCGGACGCCGGCAUCGCCGUCGUCGUGCUGCAGGGAAACAAUGACGGCCUCAAGGUUAAGGCUGCAGCUCCUCCCGUAUGAAGGCUUCCACACCUUAAUAAAGAUAUGGAAUAGUUGCCAUCGAUUUAACGUCUGAAUUUGGGAGAAGAAAACAAGCAAGAACAGAGCAAGCUUUGAGGAUGGUAGUACAAUGGACAGGUAGAGCAGUCCUGGGAAUCGCCAAGUGCUAUGGUCGCUGCUUCAUCUUUUGCAACUCGUGCUGCCAAUUGUUCGCGCCAUACCAAAGUUUCUGAUGAUCGGAGCCACAGUGAUUAAAUCAGAGAUUCUGCAAGUCAACAGCAUGCACUAUGUGUGAUUCUUUAGGUUCUCGUGCUCCUGUCCUGUCAAAGUAGGGUGUUUCCAGGGACCCGGAUUGCUCUGCUUCUGCUGUCAUGUGAUGUGAGUGCAUCAAUUCGCACUGCGUUUCACAGAAAUGUUCAAAGCACUCCCUCAAAAAGAAGUUAAUAGCAGCACAAAACACUUUAUUGCCAAA